AUUAUAUCGUAAGUUGUCAUCGCGUGAAGUGUCGGGAUAUUUGUCGUGAGUGCAUAAAAUUGGCAAAAAACAUGCCUAAAUGACUCUCUAUCGCUAAAAAUUGUAUUUAAAUGCAAAAUGUCCGCAGCACUUGAGCAUUUUGUCAACAAUGUACGCACACAGAGUGCUUCAGGGAAUUUCCGUGAAUUGGCCGAAUCAUGCAAUCAAACGGCAGUGGUUUUAGCUAAAAAUACCAACUAUCUCGACAAUGUACUUGAAACACUGGACUUUCAGCAGCAUUCACUGGGUGUCUUGUAUGUUUUGGUGGCCAAGUUCAACAACUUGACGGGAAGUCCAGAGGAAGCUGAUAGUGUUAUUAGCCUUGUUAGAGAAUUCAUUUCAAUCUGCAAUGGAGAACAAAUCAGAUUUUCCCCACAAACCUUUGUGGAACUGUGUCAUCUGUUUACGGACUAUCUCGUGAAACACCAAAUUCCAUGCAUUCAGGGCAUCCCAAUUCUGGCGCAGGCCAUUGAUAAAAUCCGCCUCUUUGACACUCAAUUGACUGCCAUCCAUGCAGAUCUCUGUCAGCUCAGUUUUUGCGCCAAAGUCUUUAGUCCAGUGAUUAAAUUCCUGGACACCGACAUCACAGCGAUUGCCUCAACAGAUGACAGCAAUCAUGAUGCCAAAUACUUCCUCCUCUACUAUUACUACGGAGGGAUGAUCUACACGGCGGUGCAUAAUUACGAGAGAGCCCUGUACUUCUUCGAGGUGGCCGUGUCGACUCCAGCUCUCGCCAUGUCCCACAUCAUGCUCGAAUCCUACAAGAAAUUCCUCCUGGUCUCGCUGAUCCUCCAUGGGAAGAUCAUGCCCAUCCCAAAGUACUCAUCUCAGGUGAUUGCGCGCUUCAUGAAGCCACUCAGUCACGCCUACCACGAACUGGCCAAUGCAUACGGUACAGCUUCCAGCGAGGAGAUGAGGAAUGUCAUCAAUAAAUAUAGGGACACCUACAGAAAUGACACCAACUUGGGCCUAGUGCAGCAGGUCGCUAGAUCUCUGUGCAAGAAAAACAUCCAGCGAUUGACCAAGACUUUCCUUACCCUCUCCUUGGCUGAUGUGGCGAGUCGAGUUCAGCUCUCUGGUCCAUCGGAGGCUGAAGAGUAUAUUCUCAAUAUGAUCAAAUCGGGCGAGAUUUUCGCCUCAAUCAAUCAGAAGGAUGGCAUGGUGGUAUUCAAGGAUGACCCAGAGAAGUACGAUUCGCCGGACAUGUUUCUCAAGUUGCAGGAUGACAUGGCGCGCGUGAUGGAGCUCAACAAGCAAAUCAUCAAAAUGGAGGAAGAGAUUAUGCUGAAUUUGAUGUACGUGAAGAAGUCGAUCGGCAAUCAGGAUGAGGAUCUAAUUACUGGUCAUUCAAAGUCCUUUGUUGGUGAUCCAAGUGAAUAAAGGAGAAAGAAACUGGUGCAUUUUUGAAGGAUCUAAGGAUGAGACAAUUGUGAGAGUCAGAGUGAGAUGAGAUUUGUUAUGCAAAUGAUGCAGAGAUCAUUAGAAAUUUCACACAAAUUGAUUUAUGAUGAGAAAUAAUUAGAUUUUCUAACUGUAGGUUUCAUUUAAACAAAAAAAAAUCUCUUUGCAUUUCAUUUCAAAAGUGAAAGAAAAAAAACCAAUUUAAAUGCUUUUAUGGAUAUCCUUUUCAACUCUUUGAAUACCUAUACCUUGAAAAUCAGGAAGAGAAUUGCGCUUUCGUGAUUUUUGUGAAAAUGAAAAUGAAAAUGAAUUCAAUAAAUGCGUUUUCGAUACAUUA